ACACCAAGAAGAAGGCAUUAAUGAAACUCUUUGCCACUUAUAAAUAUGCUUCUCUCAUAGUACCAUAUUAUUCUCUAACACCCCUCUUCCUUCUUAGUUUCUCUCUAUCUCUCUCUUCCAUAUUGGUUCCUGAGAGACAGAUCUCUGAAAAUAAAGAGGCCAAGCUACUAAAAAUGGGAUUAUAUUCACUAAUCACAGGGAGAAGAGGACCAAGUGGGUUUGGUUCAGCUACAACAGCUGAAGAGGUUACCCAAGGGAUUGAUGCAACUCAUCUCACUGCAAUUAUCACAGGAGGGGCAGGAGGGAUAGGAAUGGAGACAGCGAGGGUAAUGGCCAAGAGAGGGGUUCAUGUGGUAAUUGGUGCCCGAAACAUAGGAGCUGCAGAAAAUGGCAAAGCCGAGAUUCUCAGACAAAACACAAACGCACGUGUCACCCUCCUCCACUUAGAUCUCUCUUCGGUCAAAUCCAUCAGAGCCUUUGUUCGUGACUUCCAUGCCCUCCAUCUUCCUCUCAAUCUCCUCAUAAACAACGCAGGAGUAAUGUUCUGUCCAUACCAACUCUCUGAAGAUGAAAUCGAAUUGCAGUUUGCUACAAAUCACAUUGGUCAUUUUCUGUUGACAAACUUGCUCCUAGACACAAUGAAGACCACAGCUAAAACCAGUGGUGUCGAAGGAAGAAUUUUGAAUUUAUCAUCUAUAGCUCAUAUCUAUACUUAUAAAGAAGGAAUCAAGUUCGACAGCAUCAAUGACAUAUGCUGUUACUCGGAUAAAAGAGCUUACGGACAAUCAAAACUAGCCAAUAUAUUGCACGCUAACGAGCUCUCCCGUCAACUUCAGGAAGAGGGAGUGAACAUAACAGUGAAUUCAGUGCACCCUGGUCUCAUCCUCACCAAUCUCUUCCAACACACUGCUCUUUUAAUGAGUAAAUUUUCUCUCUGUUUUCCUCAUAUUAUUUCCUUUAAAUUUUCACUAUUGUUUGUUUUAAUCCCCAUUUUCACAGGGUUCUUGAAGUUCUUCAGCUUUUACUUGUGGAAAAAUAUACCUCAGGGAGCAGCUACAACAUGUUAUGUUGCUCUGCAUCCAACGCUGAAGGGAGUAACGGGAAAGUACUUUGCAGAUUGCAACGAAGUCACUCCAAGCAAACUUGCUAGAGAUGAGACUUUGGCACAAAAACUCUGGGAUUUUAGUGUUAAGCUCAUCAACUCUGUUUCUAAAAAGAACUACCUGGGUUUCGAGGACACCAUUUAAUGAAAUAACUAAGAAUCUCUUUUAAUAAGAAUCUCUUGUUGUCACUUAUAAGAGUAAAAGUUAAAAGGAUGAGUGAGAUUUGGAUGUGAUGUACCUUGUUUCCAGACAAACGUCAGAUCGAUGGCAAUAGUGUUUAACCAAAAUUUAUCACUUUCUCACA